ACCAUUACCAACUAUUCGCUUUCAAAGAUCUAUUUUAUUUCGCCUUAUUCGCGAGCGUAAAGAGCAAAACAGUCGUCCAUUCAAGGUAAGAAAAAAUCCUAGCUCAAAAUAAUAAUGUAAAAUUGUGUACAAAUACAGCUGCUGCUAUGAUGAGCAAGAGAAAAACAUUCGGGCGAACUGGCUCUCCCUGCUCGCGCAGGCCCUCGAGGUCCCCGAGCGGUUCUUCAUAUCGCCUGAGCGGAAAAAAAUAAACUCGGAGCGGCGGGAGGGAAAAUGGCGCUGCGCGAGCAGGCAGGAAGAAGGGCAGCACAUACACGCGUUUAGUGUAGAGAUUGAAACGAGUUCAGAGUAGCCACGGUCCGUGAGAGGACUGAAGUGUUAUUAGCAGAAAUGUAGUGACAUUUUCUUUAUGAAAUUACUGGUGUGCUUAACACCAGAGCGUGUCAUGCUGAGCAAAGAUCGGAACCCUUUUGUCCUUGAUAAGUUUGAGUCAAGAGAAAGAUUUAAUGUCUCAGUCACAGCUAAAUGGGUGUUCUGGUGGGGAGGGAUUGGUAUCAGUUAAGAACAAGUGAGAAAUCAGAUGUUUUAGAUGAUGUUUUCUGAUAUUUGACUGCAUUUAAUGCGGGGACCACUCUGGCUUUUGCUGGUGGUUUUGAUGAGCAGAGAUGGACUCCGAGGAGAUGGAGGUGGAGAGCAGCAGUGAUGUUGGGCAUUCUGGAAUGGAGGAGCCAUCAGAGAGCGGCAUGGGGAUGGAGUCUUCAGAAGCCAUGUCUGCCGAUAGCAGCGAUGCGGCCGCUCCUCCUGCCCCAGCCCCAGAAUCAGACUGUCACGUAGGACAGAGCUCUGAGGGACUUGUGGUUUUUAUCCCAGAGACGAGCUCCAGUACAGAUGUGCAAAGAGUUCAUCUCCCAGACUCCUCUUCUGUCGCUCAGUCAACCAGUGUGUCCAGCGUCUCCACAGUGACACAAUCAGUCCUGGUGUCAGAGUCUGUCCAGGUCCUGGUGCACUCCAGCGCUGUUUCUGAAGGAGGAAUGAUGGUUUCUGAUUCAACUGCUUCCACAUCCUCGGAUCUCGGCUCAGCUAUUGACAAGAUCAUCGAAUCCACCAUUGGACCCGACAUUAUGAAUGGAUGUAUUGCAGUUACGAGUGCAGAAGAUGGCAGUGCAGAGACCACACAGUAUCUAAUACUCCAAGGUCCUGAUGAUGGAGCUCCUAUGGUGGCUCAGAUGUCUUCCUCUGCCCUGUCAAGCCGCAUUGCCAUUGAAGCCCUUGCUGAUGGACCCACUUCCACUUGCCUGGACCAGGCAGACCUGUCAGAAAACCCACAGGGCAGCGUGGAACCUGACCAGCCUGAACACUCCGGAUACCGUGAGCAUGAUGAUGGCAGCAGCAGCAGCCGUCCAGACCAGCCACAGCACUCCCAGUACAUAGAGUGCAGUGGAGGAGACGACCCAGACCAGACCAGGGAGGCUCGGUACAUCGAGUGCUCGGGAGCUGAACCAGACCAGACCCCACGUCAUUCAGAGGUCACCGACUACAACGUGGCAGACUCAGAAGAACCUCUAGGGCGUUACGCAGCAGAGUGCAGCGGUACGGACAGUAGCCCUCAGAGACACUCGUUUCGCUCCUCCCGGUAUGUUGUAGAGUGCAGUGAUGGCUACUUGGAGUACGAUGCAGAGGGUGCGGAGCGGCCGCAGCAUUCUCGGUAUAUCGACAGCAGCAUGGAUGACAGGGAGCACGUCUCAGCAUCAGAACGGGAGGAAAGUGUGGUAGAAGAACCCCAGCACUCCUACAUGCCACAGGACUCGCUAUAUGCUGACGAGGGUGCCGUUCGGCACUCCCUGGCUGACACAGUGGGGUCCCAGCUCACUGAUCAAAUGGACUGCAAUGAUAACUUGCCUGGGCCGUAUAUAAGUAGCAGUGGGACUUAUUCCACCCACCCAGAGCCUGAAGUGGUGGAGUCUGGGGUGGUCGUUGAGCCUGGGCACAGAACACCAGAUAUGGCUGAGCUAGAAGAAAUGAUGGAGGUGGUGAUUGUACAGCAGUUUAAGUGCAAAAUGUGCCCAUAUAAAAGUGUCUCCAAAGACACGCUCAUCAACCACAUGAGAGACAAACACUUUAAACCACCAGGUAAAGUAGGAGGUGCUGAUUUUGUAUUUUUUGAAUGUAAAAAUCAACUCUUUGUUUUUGAUAUCAGCCCCACUACAUUAACAUCUCAUGUAGGUGGUCCAGGCCAGAAGAAACGUGGACGGGGACGUCCUCGGAAAUCCGAAAGCAGGGCGCGAGAGGUCAAGAAGGAGGAGCCACCUGAAGAGGAAGAAGAUGACAUCAUUGAUGCAGGCGCUCUUGAUGAUCAAUGUGACAGUGAUUAUAAGCCAGCUGAUGAAGAGGCCAGGUCCAGACUGGCUUCUAGUCACAGCACUCCUCCUCCUUCCUGCUCUUCAUCAUCUUCCUCUACCUCACGGAAACGGCCUCGCAGGAUGGUGGGGCCACCCCGCAAAUUUCUUCCUGACUCAGAGUCAUCAGCAGCAACUCAAACAAAUGAUGCAGAGGACCCUCAAGCUCCUGAAGAAGCAAGUUCCUCUGGAUUGGAGAAUGGAUCUUCCUCAUUAUCCAAUGGGUCAACAGUGGAACCAGCCAUCAGCCAGUCUGAUUCAGAGAACAAAGAUCCCUCAUCAAACACAGGCCCUGAUGACCUGGAGUUUUUGCCCAAAAAACGAGGCAGGCCUUCUAAACGAUUCCUUCAAAAGAAGUACAAAAAGUACAUGAAUCGCAACAAGUACUACAGAUCCCUCAAGCCUCUGCUAAGGCCUCAUAACUGCUGGAUCUGUGGCUCUCGCUUUCUGUCUCAAGAGGAUCUCAGGUUCCAUGUGGAUUCUCAUGAGGGAAAUGACCCUGAACGCUUUAAGUGCCUGCAGUGCAGCUACCGUUGCAAACGGUGGUCCUCACUGAAGGAGCACAUGUUUAAUCAUGAAGGUACAAAACCGUACAAAUGUGAGGUGUGUGAUUACUCCAGUGUUUAUAAGAAAGACGUAAUCCGGCACUCAGCUGUCCACAACAAAAGCAAGAGUCGGAAGACAGAUAUGUCUUGCAUCAAUCCUUCACAGGUUCCUAAAGUGUCUGAGUUUCCAUGCCCCAUCUGCUGUCGCGUGUACCCCAUGCAGAAACGCCUGACGCAACACAUGAAAACGCACAGCACAGAGAAACCUCACAUGUGUGAUAAGUGUGGGAAAUCCUUCAAGAAGCGGUACACUUUCAAAAUGCAUCUUCUCACUCACAUACAGAACUGUGGCAACAGCACGUUUAAGUGUGAGUUUUGUGAGUACACCUGCAAUGAUAAGAAGCACCUCCUCAAUCACCAACUGUCCCACACCAACGACAAACCGUUCAAAUGCGAAGAGUGCAAAUACUCAACGAGUAAAGAGGACUUCCUGGUGUCCCACAUUGCCAUUAAACACACUGGUGAAAAGCCCUUCUCAUGCGACAUGUGCCACUUCACGACCAGACACAGGAAGAACCUGCGGCUGCAUGUGCAGUGUCGCCAUCCCGAGGCCUUUGACGAGUGGAGCCGAACCCACCCAGAGGAGCCAAUUCGCCGGCGACAGGCACCUGUUUUCACGGUGCAGCAGAUUGAGGAGCUGAGAUUACAGCAUGAAACCCAGGGAUUUCAAGGGACCAUUGUAACAGUGGACCCCAUUACUCUCCAAACCAUGGAGUCCUUAGGGAACACAUCUGUUUCUCAAGAUGCACUGGGGAACACUACCAUAAUUUAUGAGCAAGCCCAGUCUACAGACCUCUCAGCCCAGAAUGCUCUCGAUUUGCUGCUAAACAUGAGUAAUGCCAGAGAACUGCAGGUGGCAGUGUUGAAACCAGAUGGUAAGACACUGGAGACGAGUUCAUGGACUGAAGCUGGCUCUGGGAGUGAGGGCUCAACCUUGCAGCCCCAAAAGAUUGUCACCUUCCAUGUGUCAGAGAACGGAGACACUCUGGUACAGGAGGCAUUUGAGACGGCUACAGGGACCGUGGAGCAAGAGGAGACGACAGAAGUAUCGCAGGAGGUGACACAGAUUGGCAUCGGUACAUACGAGGGAGCAGAUUUCAGUGUAGUGGAGCAGGCCUCCGAAGAGACAGCACACAGCAGUUUAGAGGAGCCCUCAGCAGAGCCUCAGGUCAUGGAAGUGAGCACCGAGCCCUUGUCCAUCUCUACCCCUCUCAAAGACAAUAAAGAGAAGUUUUAUUUGAGCUCAGCCUUGACAGAUGGAGUCCUGCAGCAGGUAGAGCUGAGCAGUGAAGCUCCGGUUUCCCCUUCCAUGUGUCCAUCACCUCCUUCUCAACAGCUGAACACCAAACGCUUCUCCUGCCGCAUCUGCAUGGAGGCUUUCCACGGCCGUUCAGACAUGGAGAACCACAAGAGGGCGCACAUAGACCCCAAAACAUUCAAAUGCCCCGACUGUGACUUUACAGCACCAUCUUGGCCAGAAGUCAAGUCUCACAUGGCCAUGCACGCAUAUUUGAGGCCUCAUAAAUGCAACAGCUGCAGUUUUGCCUCUAAAAACAAGAAAGACCUGAGACGCCACAUGAUGACACACACCAACGAAAAGCCUUACGCCUGUCAGGUCUGUGGCCAAAGGUUUAAUCGUAACGGCCAUCUGAAGUUCCACAUGGAGAGGCUUCACACUCAGGAACCCUCGCCCCGUAAAACCCGCUCUGUCCCCUCUCAGCAGACCAUCAUCAUUAACAGCGAUGAAGAAGCUUUAGCCACACUGCAGAAUUUGCAGGCAGGUCAGGCAGUCAUCAGUCCAGAGAGGUUGCAGCAGGCUUUGGGUCAGGAACACAUCAUUGUGGCCCAAGAUCAGACUCUUUCUGACCAGGAGGAGGCAACAUAUAUUCAACAGAUCACAACAGUAGAUGGACAGACGGUACAGCACUUAAUGACUGGAGACAAUCAGGUUACUGAGGUUCAGUAUAUCAUCUCUCAGGAUGGAGUUCAGCACCUGCUCCCACGGGAAUAUGUGGUGGUUUCUGAAGGAAACCACAUUCAGAUGGAGGAUGGGCGGAUCGCUCACAUUCAGUAUGAGCAUGACGGGACGUUUCUUCAGGAGCAACAGAUUGCCCUGUCUCAGGAUGGACAGAUCCAGUACGUCCCCAUCACUGCCGAGCAGCAGGUUGUCGCCCCUGAGGACCUGGAGGCAGCCGCCCAUUCCGCUGUCACAGCUGUUGCAGAUGCAGCCAUGGCUCAGGCUCAGACGGUUUACACAGAAGCCACACCUGAACAACUGGAGCAGCUGCAGCAGCAGGGCAUCCAAUAUGACGUCAUCACUUUUACGGAGGAGUAGAAACACACACACAGAUCAGUUUCUGAUGACUGCAGUUGCUCCACAGACUUAAAUUUGUCUUCUUCCAGAAUUAUUGAAUGUACAGUUAGAUCCUCUCUGAAAAUUAUACAGCUUAUGCCUUUGUAAAUAUUUAAAGCAGAUUAUCUUUGUGUGCCUAUGGUGUUUUGCCUUGUAAAGAAAAAGAAACACAAAAGCAGCCUGUAUAGAGAAUCCCUGUAUUUAAUUCUACAUGUCGCUGUGACGUACUACAAUGGAUGCUACUUUUUGAGGAUUGAGGUCACAUUGUUAAUGAAACAGUUCCUAGCUGUAGCUAAAGUGCUUGUAAAGGAGGGUUGAUUGUUUUCAUUUUACGUGAAACGUGCCGUUUCAUCAUUAGCUUCUUAAGUUUUAAAGAUCUGUUUUUCUUUCAAAUGGCUACAGAAAGGAACUUAAAAAGUAUACCAAAUAAAUCACAACCUCUUUAUCUGAACUGAUCGCUCGUUUUCUUAAAGUCAUCAUGUUACAGUACAGGUACAGUACAGUACUGAUACAAAUGGAGAUGAAAAGAUAUAACAUUAAUUGCAGUUGUGUACAUUAAGAUGUCUUGCUGCUUUUCAAGAAUUUUGA